AUGAAAGCUCUGCUGUAUCGCCCGGGCAUCGCCAGAGGCCCCUGGGUAUGCCGGAGUUGCCAGUCGCAUUUCUCAACCACUACCAUUCGAGCGCAUAAAAGGACCAGGAAUGCCCUUCCGGAUGCGCCGGCACGAACUCGUUUUGCUCCCUCGCCGACUGGAUACCUUCACCUGGGAUCGUUGAGAACGGCGUUGUUCAACUACUUGCUCGCAAGACGCACCGGAGGCCAGUUUCUUCUGCGCAUCGAAGAUACAGACCAGAAAAGGACUAUUCUCGGAGCAGAGCAGAGGCUAUACGAUGACCUAACAUGGGCUGGUAUUCAAUGGGACGAAGGUCCGAUUGUUGGUGGCCCCUAUGGCCCGUACAGACAGUCCGAAAGAACCGAGCUCUAUCAAAAUCAGACCCAGCGUCUCAUUUCAGGCGGCCAUGCAUAUAGAUGUUUCUGCACUCCAGAACACCUCGAUAGUGUGGCUCGACACCGUAACGAGAUGGGCUUAACCCCCGGAUACGACCGAACUUGCGCUAGACUGUCAAAGGAAGAGUCAGACGAGCGAGCAGCGAAGGGGGAGCUUCAUGUCACCCGUCUUCGGGUUGAUGACCAGUAUCCCAUGUUCGACGACCUUGUUUAUGGCAAGACUGGCCAGAAUCGCCCGGCCGGACAACGAGGAGGACACGAGGGUGUAUUCCCAGACCCUAUACUCAUAAAAUCCGACGGCCAUCCAACUUACCAUCUUGCCAAUGUCGUGGAUGACCAUUUCAUGAAAAUAACUCACGUUAUCCGGGGCACUGAAUGGAUGGCCUCCACGCCAAUGCAUGUAGCGCUAUAUAAUGCCUUUGGAUGGACACCACCGCAAUUCGGCCAUGUCCCCUUGCUAGUUGAUAUGAACGGCCAAAAACUCAGCAAGCGCAAUGCAGAUAUCGACAUAUCGUUUUUUAAGGAUCAGCAAGGGAUUUUCUCGGAAACAUUAGCCAACUUUGCUGCUCUGCUUGGGUGGUCUCAUACUCGCAAAUCGGACGUGUUCAGUUUAAAGGAACUAGAGGAAACAUUCAAUUUGAAACUUACCAAGGGAAACACCGUCGUUGCUUUUGAAAAACUAUGGUUUCUGCAGAAGGCGCAUGCGAAGCGUUAUGCUGCCGAAAGCGGACCUCAGUUUGAGAUCAUGACACAGCAAGUUGUCAAUGCCGCACAGAAGCAAUUCGCACCUGAAACACUAUCACCUAUCCUCAAGGAUCGCUCUCUCGAUAAAUAUGUCGCACCCCUUCUUCGAGAGGGAGCUCGAUCAUACACGACUGCUGAAGACUUUAUUACUCAAAAUGCAUCCUUCUUUACACAAACAAUGAAUCGCCCGCCUUAUACCUCUGCGGCAGCAACCAAGAAUCCAUCGGCUGAAAUACAACCAGCCAUUCCCAUUUCUACCCUUCAUACCGCCGCCGCUGUCCUAACUAUGGUCCCCGAGGAGCAUUGGACAGCCGAAACUCAUCGUUCCAACAUUGCUUCUUAUAUAUUCUCCGACAGCCCAGCUACCACCCCUGAUGGGGAUGUCGCCGUUGCAAAAACGGAACAAGAAGCAAGGAAAGAACUAUUCCAUUAUCUUCGUUGGGCUUUGUCUGGCGGAGCACCGGGCAUAGGUAUUCCCGCCACCAUGGAGAUAUUAGGUCGAGACGAAACAGUUCGUCGGUUACAGGAUGCUAGAGAGGCUACUAAAAGUAUGCUUCCCGAUAAACAAAAGUUUGGUAAAACUGUCAAAUCGAGUGAGGGCGAUUCUAAAGCCUGGAUGGGAUCACUCGCUGGGCUAACCAAGGAAUAA